AUGAAUCAAACACAAAAUCAACAAUCAGUAUGGCUUCACUCAAAUCAAUCUAUUCAGUUGAUAUGCACCACGUCAUCAUGGAGUAAACCAUUGGGAAAGAUAAAGUGGUCAAUAAAUAAUGAUGAUGAUGACAUAUUUGACGAUAUUGAUGAUAACAAUAAAUCAAUAAAUGCCGAUUUGUCAUCUCGUGUUUCACAUUCAUUUGACUUUCAUUUAAAACGUAAAUUCCCCUUUGAUCAUCAUUUACAUGGACUUAUGAAUAAACAGGUGAAAACAGAAGAAGAAAAAGAAGAGGAAUUAUUGAGCUGGUUAAAUUCAGCUCAUUGUGAUUCAAAUUAUAAAUGUCAUAUUAUGAAUCGAACAAAAAAAAUCAAUAGUAUUGAAUAA